UCAAGAAGAACAUAGAACAGAAAGUUAGAAAUGAGUUAUUUACAAACUCAGGAAAGUAGAUUUACUGUUAAAGAUUAAUUCUAUGGUUAAAUAGUAAACUUUCAACUAAUGGGACAGAGCAAGUAAAAAGGAGCAGGUCUCUCUUUCUUUGAGCUUAUCAAGAGAAUGUUGAAUAAUGUCAGGAAUGCUAGAUAGCAGAUACCACAUUUUGGAGUGGAGGUAUCUAUCCAAAGCAAUUUACCUAAAGAGCCCUUACAUUAUCCAAAAGUGGCAUUUUGUUACAAAGCUGAGAGAACAAUGGACAAUAUCUCCUAUGGAGAAGUGGAAGAUCUCCUUUAUUCCUUAGAUAUGUUGAAGAGCUAUCUGGCUCCAGUUGUGGAUUCUUUUCAGGAAAAAGGGAAAAUCUAAGGCUGACUGCUGCUGAAAGGCUGGGGAUCUGAACUAGAGAUGAAUCCUGGGCUUUCUGAAUCAGGCCAGCAUGCUGCCUCCGACGCCUUAACGAAGGAUCUCCCCAGAUUCCACCUAGUUGAUCCUCAGUUCCUCUGCUCCAAAUGAACUCAUUCCUGGUGGACUCUUAUCCAAAUGUCCUCUGAGAGAGACCUCCCCAGGGGGGCACCUCGGUAACCAGCCAUGGGAAACGUCUACAAGUACUACUUCAACAAGGACAAAAUCUUCCAGCAUUACAACUAUACUAAGGAUAAGCUGGAGAAAGACGAGUCUCCCCUGACUCUGAUUGCCACCCUCACCAUUGUGCUCUGUUGCUUCAUUAUCCUGGAGAACCUGCUGGUGCUCGCAUCCGUCUGGAGGAACAAGAAAUUCCACUCCGCCAUGUUCAUCUUCAUUGGCAACUUGGCUUUUUCGGACCUCUUGGCUGGCUCGGCUUUCAUAGCCAACAUUGUGCUCUCGGGCCCAGCCACCUUUCGCCUCACUCCCAUUCAGUGGUUCGUGCGAGAAGGCACGGCGUUUACCACCUUGGCUGCCUCGGUCUUCAGCUUGUUAGCCAUCGCGAUCGAACGACACGUGGCUAUCACCAAGGUGAAGGUCUACACUAGCGACAAGAACUGCAGGAUGCUGAUGCUGAUUGGGGCCUGCUGGGUCAUCUCAGCCACCAUUGGGGGGCUACCCAUCCUUGGCUGGAACUGCAUGUCCGAUCUGGAGAAGUGCUCCACUGUUCUGCCCCUUUACUCGAAGAGCUACAUUGUCUUUGUGGUGACCAUUUUCACCGUCAUCCUCUUCUCCAUCGUGGUCCUCUACGUCCGGAUCUACCGCAUUGUCCGUUCCAGCCAUGCCGAGAUAGCCAGCUCCCAGACGAUGGCCUUGCUCAGGACAGUUACCUUUGUCCUGGGGGCCUUCAUCAUCUGCUGGCUGCCUGCCUUCACCAUCCUCCUGAUAGACGCUUCGUGCGCCAGGAAGUCUUGUCCUAUCCUUUACCAGUCAAAGUAUUUCUUUGCCUUUGCCACCCUCAAUUCAGCCAUUAACCCCCUCAUUUAUACCCUCCGUAGCAAAGACAUGAGGAAGGAGUUCUUAAGGGUGCUUUGUUGCUGGGGGAUGAUGGGGCAGGGGAAGCCGGCAGAACGUUGCAUGAUUCCUCUCCGCAGUUCCAGUUCCUUGGAGCGGUGCACUCCCAAACAGGAUCUUCCCACUUUAUCUUUCAUGAAGGAACAUUCCACGUUUGUGUGAAAAAGACCACCGAGAAAGGAACUGUGGAGCAGCCAGGCAGUGGCAAAGAAUGGUGGGGUGGGAUUGGACCCAAGAAAGCGGUACAGACCUGAUGAAUAUAUUGUCCUGGUGGUCAAA